GUGAAUUUACCGGUUAAUGCACAUUAUAUCUAGUGAAUGUUAUUCAGUUAACAGUAUUUUCCGUCACAAGCACUUUGAACAUUGAAUGUUACAGCUCUUUCAUGAGUCUUUGUCAAUCCAUAUCCUCACACAGCACUGACGAAUCUACCAUAAAAUGAGCGCAAAGCAAAGUACAUCAGGGACAAAGGCACGCAGUCAGAUGGCCUCUGUAGCUGCAGCUGCCAUUUCAGCAGCAGGCAAUGGAGCUAUGGACCUGGCGAGCUAUUUCAAAUGUCCAGCAUGCUUUGACUAUGCUCUACCUCCAAUUAUGCAGUGCCAAAGUGGACACAUUGUGUGCAAGAGUUGUCGAACCAAACACACCCUGUGUCCCACAUGUAGAGGACAUAUAGGCAAUAUUCGCAAUCUGGCCAUGGAUAAAGUAGCAGCUACUGUAAACUUUCCUUGUAAAUAUGCAAACAACGGCUGCCCUUGUACCCUAUUGCAUACAGAGAAACCUGAGCACGAGGAGACCUGCGAAUUCAGGCCCUAUUGCUGCCCUUGUCCCGGUGCAUCCUGCAAAUGGCAGGGAGGCCUAGAACAUGUCAUGCCACAUUUAAUGUCCUCACAUAAAAGUAUCACCACUUUAAAUGGUGAAGACAUAGUGUUCCUAGCCACAGAUAUCAACCUACCUGGUGCAGUGGACUGGGUGAUGAUGCAGUCAUGCUUUGGUCACAACUUUAUGCUGGUCUUAGAGAAACAGGAGAAGGUUGAGGGGCAGCACAUGUUCUAUGCCAUAGUGCAACUGAUUGGCACUAGAAAGCAGGCAGAAAACUUUGCAUACAGACUAGAGCUCAAUGGUCCGCGACGGCGACUGACCUGGGAGGCCACACCACGCAGCAUUCAUGAUGGCGUGCAGUCGGCCAUUAGUGCAAGUGACUGUCUUGUGUUCGAUACUAACAUUGCACAGCUGUUUGCAGACCAUGGCAACCUUGGAAUUAAUGUCACCAUCUCAAUGUGCUCUAUGACUUGAAAUAGCGGGAGCCCUGUAGUUUUGCAUACUAUUAUUUGUUACUUAUCUCUCUAAGGUGGGUAUUUACAGCUGUGCGCUCACUGUUUUGUUAAAGUUCAAAAUUCAUCAUGUUUUCUGAAACUGAUGUCUGCGCUUUGAACCCAUGGAGAAAUGUAACAAUCCACUUUAUAAAAGAAGAUACUGGGGUUUUAUUAAGUUGAUUCAAUAUAAUAAAGAUUGGACAUGAUAUGUCACAGGCUAACAGGAUGUCCCUUCAUUGCUCCGUAGUUCAGGAUAGUGUAAAAGCCCAAUUACAUUUUAUUCUGUAGGAGGCUCAAACCAGUGCAUUUUUUUAAUGUUUCCUGUGCAACCUGUUUAGUUGAGACAAAAUGUCAAUUGAACAAGUAUCAAAUUAUCAUAAGAUACUGCCAGUUAUUAUCAAUUCAACGCGUAUAGAUAUAUACGCUAUAAAAGCUCAUCUUUGCUUGCAUACAUGAUUGUGUCAAUGAGAUCUAUCAGAUAGUAUAUUUCAGAAGUAAUGUUUAGAAAUGAUCCUAUCAUGUUUAUGUGGAAAAACCCCUGAAAUAAGCAAAGAGAGGGCCUUCUACCAACCUCUACCAUGCUGUCAUUAACAGAUGUAUCCGCCCCUUUUUCUUCGCCUGCUAGCUGCCUUUUGGCAUCUCUCUUCGCUAUCACAUUUUUAUGCCUCCUUUGAAGAAGAGGGGGUAUAUUGUUUUGCACAUCUCGGUAGGUCGGUCGGUCCGUCCGUCCACCAGAUGGUUUCCGGAUGAUAACUCAAGAACGCUUAGGCCUAGGAUCAUGAAACUUCAUAGGUACAUUGCUCAUGACUGGCAGAUGACCCCUAUUGAUUUUGAGGUCACUAGGUCAAAGGUCAAGGUCACAGUGACUCGAAAUAGUAGAACGGUUUCCCGAUGAUAACUCAAGAACGCUUACGCCUAGGAUCAUGAAACUUCAUAGGUACAUUGAUCAUGACUCACAGAUUUUCAGGUCACUAGGUCAAAGGUCAAAGUCACAGUGACUCGAAACAGAAAAAUGGUUUCCGGAUGAUAACUCAAGAACGCUUACGCCUAGGAUCAUGAAACUUCAUAGGUACAUUGAUCAUGACUCGCAGAUGACCCCUAUUGAUUUUCAGGUCGCUAGGUCAAAGGUCACGGUGACUCGACACAGUAAAAUGGUUUCCGGAUGAUAACUCAAGAAAGCUUACGCCUAGGAUCAUCAAACUUCAUAGGUACAUUGAUCAUGACUGACAGGUGACCUCUAUUAAUUCUCAGGUCACUAGGUCAAAGGUCAAGGUCACAGUGACUCUAAAUAGUAAAAUGGUUUCCUGAUGAUAACUCAAGAAUACUUAGGCCUAUGAUCAUGAAACUUCAUAGGUACAUUGAUCAUGACUGGCAGAUGACCCCUAUUGAUUUUCAAGUAACUAGGUCAAAGGUCAAGUUUACAGUGACAAAAAACAUAUUCACACAAUGGCUGCCACAACAACUGACAGCCCAUAUGGGGGGCAUGCAUGUUUUACAAACAGCCAUUGUUAUAUCCAGUCUUUGACAUUUGUAGCUCCAGGACUGACAUUUUUCUACUGGAUUUCUAUUGAGUUUAACUCAAUAUCAGUACAGUUUGUGUUACACGGUUGAUUCUACAUCAAACUUACUAAAGACUUACAUGCAUUGUUACUUGAUUUCAUUUUAAGGAAAAAAUGCUUUAAGAUAUUUCAACAAAUCUAUAUAUGAUAGUAUUGUUCAGGAAAGUUAAGUUGUAUGAUUGUAAAACAUUUUAAAUGAUAAACCUCGUUAUCACAGUUUUUUAAAUGUUUAAUGUGUAGUUUUUUAAUUGAAUAACACAAAUUAUUUAACAGCCUAGACAAAUGUGCAAUUGUUGUUCUUAAUUUAUAUAUAUUUUCAACAUCUUAAAAAGAGGCAACUGAAUAAACUUUACUGAACUCAACUGCAAGAAUAAAUUAAGUGUUGAAUGAAGUAAUUUUAAGUGUACUACAUAUGUUUCAGAAAAAUUGAUUUCUGAAUGUUAUCUUUAAUUUUCAUUUUUAUGCUCCCCCAAAAAACUUAAGGGGGAACAUAUAGUCGCCGCUUCGUCUGUCCGUCUGUGUGUCCGUCCGUGCAAAAUUUUUGUUCGGGCUAUUUCUCAGCAACUAAUGACCGGAAUUCAAUGAAACUUUAUAGGAAGCUUCACUACCAAGAGGAGAUGUGCAUAUUAUCAGCAGCCCUUUGAAAUUUUCCAUUAACUGUACAUAUAGUGCAAUUCUUGUCCGGGCUAUUUCUCAGCAACUAAUGACCGGAAUUCAAUAAAACUUUAUGGGAAGCUUCACUACUAAGAGGAGAUAAGCAUAUUAUCAGUGGGUUGUGGUUGGAUGAUUUUUCACAGAGUUAUGGCCCUUUGAAAUUUUCCAUUAACUGUACAUAUAUUGCAAUUCUUUUCCGGGCUAUUUCUCAGCAACUAAUGACCAGAAUUCAAUGAAACUUUAUGGGAAGCUUCACUACCAAGAGGAGAUGUGCAUAUUAUCAGCGGGUUCUGGUCGGAUGAUUUUUCACAGAGUUAUGGCCCUUUGAAAGUUUCCAUUAACUGUACAUAUAGUGCAAUUCUUGUCCAGGCUAUUUCUCAGCAACUAAUGCCCGGAAUUCAAUGAAACUUUAUGUGAAGCUUCACUACCAAGAGGAGAUGUGCAUAUUAUCAGCAGGUUUUGGUUGGAUGAUUUUUCACAGAGUUAUGGUCCUUUGAAAUUUUAUGUUAAAAAAUUCUUGUUCCCCCAACUACUGUGCCCUCAAGACGUUUCCUUUUAUCUGAAUAUAUAGUGCAAUAUUGUGACAAAAAAAACUUUGGGGAGCAUCACCUGUCUCCGACGGUUUCUUGUAUUAGAAAUGUAAUCUAUCUGUUAUCUAUAUGUGCAUUAUGUUCAAUGAUUGUGUCUUUGUGGUUAUCAACGCUUGUGGUAGAUUUUAUAUCUGUUUUGUUGCAUGAUUUGUGAUGAAUCUUUUAUAUUACAAAUGUGGAAUUACUCUUUUUUAUUGUUAAAAUACUAUGACAUAAGUGGUAAAAAGUUUGAGUUGUUGGUAAAGUAAAAUUAGUUUUUCAGAAGCUCUUGUGAGGUAACAAUGCACAAUUGAUGCUACUGGUCACAUGGUACUACAUGAACACAAGUUGUGUGUAACUCAUCACCGCUCGUUGCUGACUGCUGUUGCCAUAUUGGAGAUAAAUAAUGUCUAUAGUUUCUGAGAUUUUUCCACAUGCUUACAAAAUAAAAGUGUUUUAGAAAUAACUAUGUGAGGACUUUAGAAAUUAUAUAUAAAAGUGAUAAAUAAAUAUAUAUAUUAUAUUGUUUAAUACAAUUCGAAUCAUCACAUCUUUUUACACAUUUUAAAGACAUGUUUCCUCUUUGAAGAAACAUGUUCUUAGUAAUAUCUGUAUAUCAGGUCUUAUAUAUGUCACAUAAUGUGUGUUUAAGUAUUUGUUUAAAACAAUUGAGUUGAAAUGUGCUUUACACUGUACUUUGUUAUGACGCCACUGUGGGAAGGUACAUCUUGAAGUCAUAUUUGUUUUUAUGCCCCCGGUAGGGUGGCAUAUAGCAGUUGAACUGUCCGUCAGUGUGUCAGUAUGUUUGUAUGUCAGUCAGUCUGUCAGUCCGUCCGAAAACUUUAAUGGCCAUUACUUUUUCAAUAUUGAAGAUAGCAACUUAAUAUUUGGCAUGCAUGUGCAUCUCACAGAGCUGCACAUUUUGAGUGGCGAAAGGUGAAGGUCAAGGUCAUCCUUCAAGGUCAAAUGUCUAAUAUAUGGCGUCUGUCAAUCCGUUCAAAAACUUUAACAUUGGCCAUAACUUUUUCACUAUUGAAGAUAGCAACUUGAUAUUUGGCAUGCAUGUGUAUCUCGUCGAGCUGCACAUUUUGAGUGGUGGAAGGUGACUGUCAAGGUCAUCCUUCAAGGUCAAAUGUCAAAUAUAUGGCGUCUGUCCGUCUGAAAACUUUAACAUUGGCCAUAACUUUUUCAAUAUUGAGUAGCAACUUGAUAUUUGGCAUGCAUGUGCAUCUCAUGGAGCUGCACAUUUUGAGUGGUGAAAGUUGAAGGUCAAGGUCAAAUGUCUAAUAUAUGGGGUCUGUCCGUCCGUCCAAAAACUUUAACAUUGGCCAUAACUUUUUCACUAUUGAAGAUAGCAACUUGAUAUUUGGCAUGCAUGUGUAUCUCAUGGAGCUGAACAUUUUGAGUGGUGAAAGGUGAAAGUCAAGGUCAUCCUUCAAGGUCAAAUGUCAAAUAUAUGGCGUCUGUCCGUCUGAAAACUUUAACAUUGGCCAUAACUUUUUCAAUAAAGAAGAUAGCAACUUGAUAUUUGGCAUGCAUGUGUAUCUCAUGAAGCUGCACUUUUGAGUGGUGGAAGCUGCACAUUUUGAGUGGUGGAAGUUCAAGGUCAAGGUCAUCCUUCUAGGUCAAAGGUAAAAAAAUUAAAUGAUUUCAAAGUGGCGCAAUAAAAAGCUGCACAUUUUGAGUGGUGGAUGUUCAAGGUCAAGGUCAUCCAAGGUCAAAGGUCAAUUUAAAAAAAAAAAAUUCAAAGCGGCGCAAUAGGGGGCAUUGUGUUUCUGACGAACACAUCUCUUGUCUUUUACAGAUUUGUAAAUAUUCAAUUAUUAAAGUGAAAUAAAAUGAGCUUCCAAAAAGCUCCAAAGAUACUA